AUGCCAGAAUUGAAACUUAGCCGUUCUGCACCAACGCCCAGCUCAGAACCCAGAGCUCAAAUCCGCCGUGGCCGGUCCAACACAGCCAAUCGUCCCCAUCUACAGCACGUCUUUUCUGCGCAGCACCUCGAUGAUGUCUCAAACUACCACGGUGGCGACCACGACUCAAAACUUGAGGACGAAGAUGACCAGACCGAAUACUCUGAUGAGCUUGAGCAAGUGAGGAACGAAGACUUUGACGAAGCCGCUAGAAAUGGCGAAGAUGAGGUGGCCGAGGUUCGAAUGGGCGUUCUCGACACGCGAGACCUCGAGGCAAACCUGGAGAAGAAACAAAGUACGAGAUCGAUCAAGGAUCCCAAUUUGGUAUCGUGGGAUGGCCCCGAAGACCCUGAAAAUCCCAAGAAUUGGACUUUUGGGCGUAAAUGGGCUGCGACGCUUAUUGUAUCAUGCUUCACCCUCAUCUCGCCUGUCUCGUCGUCAAUGGUGGCACCUGCUCUCACAUCAAUAUCCAAAGAAUUUGGCAUAACGAACGAGGUGGAGUCGCAGCUCGUGUUGUCUGUCUUCGUCCUAGCAUAUGCGAUCGGGCCUCUAUUUUUGGGUCCGCUUUCCGAAAUAUACGGCCGCGUACCGGUCCUUCAAAUUGCGAACUUGGUAUAUCUGAUCUUCAAUAUUGCAUGUGGGGCCAGCAGAAACAAGGGGGAGAUGAUCGCGUUCCGAUUUCUUGCUGGUCUUGGAGGGUCUGCGCCAUUGGCGCUUGGUGGUGGCGUCCUCAGCGAUUGUUGGCGAGCGGAAGAAAGAGGUCGUGCGAUCAGCAUCUACAGUCUUGCUCCCCUUCUUGGGCCAGCCAUUGGUCCCAUAGCAGGUGGCUUCAUUACCCAGAACACAACGUGGAGAUGGGCUUUCUGGGCCACGUCGAUUGCCGAUGGGGUCAUCCAGAUCAUGGGGCUCUUCUUCCUCAAGGAAACAUAUCCACCCACCCUACUUCUCGCGAAAGCAAAAAAGCUUCGAAAAGAUACCGGCAAUGCAGCUCUUCAUACGGAGUUUGAGCAUCCUGAACGGACGCUUGCCAAUACCAUGAAGCGCAGCCUGAUCCGCCCAUUCAAGCUUUUGGGUACGCAACCAAUAGUUCAAGCCCUGGCGAUUUAUAUGGCAUAUCUUUACGGCCUCAUGUAUCUCGUUUUGUCCACAUUUCCAGGUCUGUGGGAAAACCAGUACCACGAGUCCAUUGGCAUUGGUGGCCUGAACUACAUCUCUCUGGGCGUCGGCUUCUUCCUUGGAACUCAAAUCUGCGCUCCAGUAAAUGAUCGUAUCUACCGUCGAUUGAAGACAAAGAAUGACAAUGUUGGCCGCCCGGAGUUUCGCACGCCUCUAAUGAUUCCAGGUAGCCUACUCGUUCCCUCUGGCCUCUUUAUAUACGGCUGGUGUUCACAGUACCACACACAUUGGAUAGGACCGAAUAUCGGCGCUGCCCUCUUUGCGGCAGGUGUUAUCAUUGGCUUCCAAUGUAUUCAGACAUAUCUUGUCGACUCCUAUACGCGUUUCGCAGCUUCGGCUAUCGCGGCGGCGACGGUACUCAGAAGUCUUGCAGGUUUCGGUUUCCCAUUGUUUGCUCCUUAUAUGUACAAUGCCUUGAAUUAUGGCUGGGGAAACAGUCUGUUAGGAUUCAUCGCUCUUGGAUUGGGCAUACCAGCACCAUUUCUGUUGUGGUUUUUCGGGGAAAAAUUGAGAGAGAGGAGUCCUUUUGCUGCUGGCGGUGAUUAG